UCGCCUUAUAUGUUACCGGUAGUUUAAUUAACCCUAGCGUUUUUAGCACGUUUGUUUGCAAGCUAUAUAAAAGUUGAAUAAAAUUAGCGUAUUUCCAUAUCUCCAAUUUAUCUUAAGGUGGUUUUUAACUACUUGUAAACAUUUGAAUAAUCAAUUUGUCAAUUAACCAAAAACAUGGCAACAGUAAAGCGUGGUGCUUUCAUUGUUUUGGAAGGCUGUGACCGCAGUGGGAAAUCGUCACAAAGUCGCUUGCUAUUUGAAUUUCUACGUAGUCGCGGCAUACCAGCAAAACAUAUGAUUUUCCCAAAUCGCUCGUCAGAAAUUGGUGGAACAAUAAACUCCUAUUUGAAAAAUGCUAAAGAACUUAAUGAUCAAGUAAUACAUUUACUGUUCACUGCCAACCGUUGGGAAUUCAAAAAAGAAAUUGAGGAAUUACUUAGUUUAGGUACCACCUUGGUGGUUGACAGGUAUUCGUAUUCUGGUGUGGCAUACAGCGUGGCCAAAGGUUUGGAUUUCGAUUGGUGCAUGGCGCCAGAAAUAGGACUCAUACGGCCAGAUGCUGUGUUUUAUCUAAAAGCGCCAAUUGAGAUACUAAUGCAGCGAGGCGAUUUUGGCAAAGAAAGGUAUGAGAAAAAGGACUUUCAGUUAAAGGUAGCCAGUGUAUUCGAUCGUAUUUGUGAAGACCAAAAACAUUUCUGGCAUUCAAUCGACGCUACUCAAACGCAAGAAACAGUAUUAGAAACUUUGAGCACAAAAGUGUUGGAAGUUAUAGAGCUAGCAAAAGACGAACCGUUGAAAGUGCUUUAACCGGUCGCACAUAGGCAAGUAAUAGAAAAUCUUCGCAUGAUAAUGACGAAACGUCUAACAAGCAUAAUAUUUCGCUUUCUCGAAUUACAUUAAGACCCACAUCGAUGAAAGUAAGAACAGCAAAACAGCUAAAGCGUAAACACACCACAUAUUAACAUAAACACAUCUCAAGGGAGUUUGCCUUAUUUUUAAGAAAAUAGAUUUUAAAAUUUUAUCGAAUGUAAUAAUUUUGUAAAGCGUAAGGUAUAUUCAUAAUAAGUCUUAACUUAUCCCAGUUUUUUAUAAGAUUUAUUCACAUUAGAGUAUUGUUGUUGUUGUAGCAGUUUAAACAUUCCCCAUACUUACAUACGGGGAAUGCUGCUGGAGUCCUUGGCCGGAUAUAAAUCCGGGUCGUUUCGGUAACGUAGAACAGACUGUCAUGGAAACGUAUAGUUAGAAACUGUUUUCGUUACUUAAGCUAAUUGACUUAAUAUAAAUGGUAUAUUUUUAUUCA